AUGGGGAGAAUUCAACAACCCGCUUGGAGACUUGAUGGUUAUCGACGAGCGGUUAAUUUCUGUGAAUUACAUGACUUGGGAUAUGUUGGAAAUAAAUUUACUUGGGAAAGGGGAAGAGGUACGGAUGGAUGGGUUUCAGAAAGGUUGGAUAGAGCCCUUGCAACGACUGGUUGGCGUGUACUGUUCAACAGAGCUACGGUGUACCAUAUGGAAAUUGCUUGUAGUGACCAUAUGGCUCUUUUUAUCUCCUUAGGAAUAAGCAUUCGAUAUUCACCUAUGAAGUUUCGUUUUGAAAAUUCAUGGCUUCGAGAAACUGAUGUUAAGGAGGCAGUAGAAGAAGGUUGA